UAAAAGCGCAACGAGUCUUAAUAUUCGGAUUUUAUAUAGCGCAAUCAUCGCCGAAUGAUCGAAAGCAUUUAGAUCAAAUUACAAUUUGAAGAUGCAUCUGCAUCGCAUCGAAGCGCAUCGGAUCGCGCUAAUUCUUAUAUUUACGUGUGGAGUUUCAUGGGCUAGCACGCAGUGCAAGACGAUCGUGAUGGAUGUGCACAUGAAGAAAUGCAGGCUCGGUGCUAGAGCCAAGAGAGGCUUGGAGAAAUUUGAUCUACAGAAGUACGAGAAGGGACAGGAGCAGCGUGAUCAUCAUCACGAGGUGAAUGACUCGGCGUCUCACGUGCCUCAGAAAAGACAGCUACUGUCAUCCGGACUAGUCGCCGGUGAUAUCGCCCUGCCGAUUGUGGCGGAAGCUAUAAACGGCGCUGUCAAAGCCAGGGCGCAUCUCGCGCCCGGGACAGGAUAUUACGGUCCCGGUCCAAGCCUGUUAAAUCCUAUAUUCAAUCGAUCAGGAUAUUAUUCCGCGCCGCCUCAUCCGUUCAACAGAAGGGCUCCUACGCCCUUCCGCGGCCCGGCCUUUGACGAUGAUUUCGAACUCGAUGACGAAGAACUGGACGAACUAUAUAAUGAUAUCUACGAAAGGUCACCGAGAGCUUCGAAAGAGGAGGUUUGGAAAGUUUUCUUAGAAACAGCAUCGAAAUGCUGCCAAAAUGUCGAGAAGUGUCUUAAAGAAACGAUGCACAUACCUUGUUUGACAGGUUAAAUGUCUUAAAAUUAAGAACUGACAGCUCUCGUAAAUUAAUGUUUCUUUAAGAAAAAAGAACAUAUGUAAAUAAAAUUUUAGAAAUGCAAUAUCAAA